GCAAGUCACUAAACCAGCGCGCAGGCGCCUCUGCUAACCCGUCUCGCAGUUCACCGCAGUCCUUGCGUCCUGCUGGCAUCAAAUUUUCUGCUAUGAAGGAAAAGGACAACAUCCACCGUCGUGUUAGUAGACCGCGUUUGGAGUAUGCUUCUUUUAACACGUACCGUACGCUUUUCAACAUGUUCUGCUUCCCUGCUUUAACGCAUAGUGUGAAUAUCUGGCGUUCUGCAUUGAUGGUUGUGGUGUCUCAGUUUCUGUUACCGGGUGAAUAAUAAUAAUGUGAACUAAUGCAAUGUGGAACAGUCUGUCGGCGGUGUCUCUUCAGGGUUCCUGUGUUUCGAAGGGAACUUUAUAGUGUUAACGGGACGACCGGACCAGGAAAUUGACGGCAAGCAUUUCAGUCAUGUGGAAGCUUCAACAAGGUCUCUGUUUGAGCCUGUGCGUCGCUUUGGCGGUCGCUGGCGGUUAUGGUGGUGGUCGCGGUGGCGGACGUGGUGGAGGCUAUGGUGGCGGGGCAGGUGGCCACCACGGUGGUGGUGCAGGUGGCGGAGGUUAUGGUGGCGGGGCUGGUGGCGGAGCAGGCCACCACGGCGGUGCUGGUGCUGGUGGCUUUGGCGGUGCUGGAGGCCAUGGCGGUGCUGGUGGGUUUGGCGGAGCCGGAGGCCACGCCGGCGCUGGAGGUCACCAUGGAGGCGGUGGAUUCGGCGGUGCUGGAGGUCACCACGGAGGUGGCGGGUUCGGAGGUGCUGGAGGCCAUCACGGCGGAGGAGGCGGUGGUGGAUACGGUGGUGCCGGAUACGGUCGUCCCGAGCCAUACAACUUUGGCUAUGACGUCAAGGACGAGUAUGGUAACUCCCAGCAUCGUCAGGAAAGCGGAGACGAGUCUGGAGUCGUGAAGGGCAGCUACGGUUACACUGACACCAACGGCGUUUACCGUCAGGUCAGCUACAUCGCCGAUCAAAACGGAUUCCGGGCUGUCGUUAAGACCAACGAACCCGGCGUCGGACCCGCUAGCCCAGCUGACGCUGAGUUCCACGUCGAGCCUCCUCCGGCCGGAGUCGUUCAGCAGUUCGCCAGCAAGGGUGGUUACGGAGGUGGAGGUCACCACGGCGGAGCUGGUGGCUUCGGAGGUGGAGCUCACCACGGUGGAGCUGGUGGAGCUGGUGGAGCAGGUGGAUAUGGUGGCGGAGCAGGUGGAUAUGGCGGCGGCGCUGGAGGAGCUAAAGGCGGUUUCGGCGGCGGCAAGGGUGGUUACGGCGGCGGAAGCUAUGGCCCACCUCCAACCCGCUACGGUGGUGGUGGUGCCGGUGGAGCCGGUGGUUCCGGCCCGUGGAAGUACUAAGCACUAGUGUUCUCCUAGUACGCUUAGGCUUGAUGGACUUCUUUCUGGUUUUAACGAACGUGUAGCUUUUAAUGGCGGCUACGUAACGCGAUGAAUGUGAAGCGUAUGAGGAUUCUGUCUUAAAAGGACCCAUGGUCUCUUGUAUAGUAUCUGCGUUAUUGGUGAAUGCACGAUGUCACGUGAUUCAUUUUCGUUUGAGUCUUCCAGUGUUGGCCACUGCCGCUGUUUUUGCGCUUGAGUCUUUCUGCACGACUGCAUGCUCAUUCUUGUACAUUGUUUCGCAUUCCUGAGAUGUUUGUGAGUCAUGUCGCGGGUGUAUGUUGGGGAUCGUUCUUCUUUGGAGGUGCCAGACCGGUUGGGGUUACUCGGUUUGUCGAGACUGUUGUUUCUGUUUAGCUCGAAAACAAGGCCUGGCGCCCUCUUGCGGGUUGAGAGGCAUGUGUGAUUUUGAUGUUCUUUUUUUUAAAACUGUGUGUGCUUGAGCUUUUGAAUACCAUUCUAACUCAAAGCGUGACAGAGACCGUGCAAUAAAAAAUAUUUAUGUUUA